AUGAAGCUUUUUAUUGUUGUCUUAUUGAUAUUAGCAACAAGUGCUAUUUCAAUUAACUCUAAAUGUACAGCAGAAGUCACAAAGCUCACACCCAGAUUUUCUAAAUUAUAUGGAAAUGUUAAUGAAAGAAAAAUUGUUUCAAGUGUUAAAGAAUUAGUUGGAAUUUUAAAAUCAUUAAUAGCUGUAAAAAAAUCUUGUUCUGGUUCAGAUGGAGUUGAUUUAUCAACAUUUACAAAAAAAAUAGGAGUUUGUUUGAAAGGAGGUUUUGAAUUAGCUACUAAUGCUUAUAAAUCAUACAAUGAAUUUGAAGAAGAUGGAUUCUCAGAUAUUCUUGUGGAUAGUUUAGUUGAAAUGUCACAUUUGGUGGAACCUGUAAUAACAAAUUGUUGGGGAGAUGAAGUAAAAUCAGCUUUAGGAUUUGUUUUACCUGAUUAAUGCAUCUCAGUUAUUGAUGAUGUUGCAAAGGUUUCAUUAUAAAUUAUAGAAUAAAAAGAAAGACCAUUGAUGGUGACUAAGGGAUUAAUCAAUUUAUAAAAGAUUUUCAAAUAAUCCAAGAAGGCUUGUCCUUUUGUAGAGACUUUAAUUCCAAAGAAAGAUAAGAAUGAUGAUGACAAUGAGGAUAGCGACUUUUCUGAUGAUGAUGACGAUAUGGAAGCAUUAUUUGAAUUAUUCUAAUGAUC